AUGAACCUUAGAAAUAUAUUGCCUCCCAAUAUAUAUGACGUGAUUGACAGAGCCGGAAUAUCGACGGAGAGACAAAUCAUUCUUUUGUCAAUUUGGGAUAUCAAGAAAUACACAAAUUUGAAUUUAGACGAUAUCUUGCUGCUCAAAAAUAUCGUGACUGAACACGUCUGCCCUACGGUUUCUACGGGUAAAGAAGAACUGAAGAGAUUUAAUUGUAAUAAAGCAGGAGUGACAACAGGUUGUACUGGAAUAGAUAACCUGUUGGCAGGUGGCUUUCGCAGAGGCACAUUAACAGAAGUGUUUGGAGAAAGUGCCAGUGGAAAGACGCAGCUAGGACUACAAGUAGCACUUAAUAACUGGGCUCAGGGAUGUGUUUAUAUUUGCACGGAAGAUUUGUUUCCAACUAAAAGAUUUGAGGAAAUGAAAACAUCUCUUCCCCAGUUUGACUCAAGAAUUGACUAUGGGAAGAAUAUAUUUGUGGAACAUAUAACAGAAGCAAUAGAUCUAUUGUCUUGUUUAAGGGUUAGAUUGCCCAAGUUGCUAGAACAGCAUCAAUUAGCACUUAUAGUGAUUGACUCUAUAGCAGCACCAUUUAGAUGUGAAACUAAUAACUAUGUGAAGAGAGCUGAAGAUUUAAGGGAAGUUGCUAUUCUUUUAACAUCAAUGGCUCAAAAGUUUGAUUUAGCCAUUCUGUGUAUAAACCAAGUCACAGCAUCUUUUGAAGACUCCAACAGUGUUUUGCCAGCAUUAGGCCUGGCAUGGUCCAAUAUGGUUACCACCAGAUUAAUGUUAAAGAAAACUUUAAAUAUAUUAGAUGGUAAAAGUUUAGGAAAAAUAACCAAUCACCAGAUUGCUUAUAAUCAUGAAACCUGUAUCAGAGAACUGCAUGUAAUGUUUGCCCCUCAUUUAUCCAAUAUGUCAACACAAUUCAUUGUUACAGCUAGUGGCAUACAGGACAUUCCUAAAUAAAAAUGUACUCUAUA